GCGAGAUCAAAUAGCCUUGUCUCAGACAAUUCCAAUAGAUUAACUUCAAGGUAAUUAGCACGCAUUUUGAAGACAAGUAGUAGCAGAUUCACAUAUAUUACGUCCCUCCCACCUGCGAUAAUCCUUUUUACACACCCAAAAAAAGGUAAAAGGAGAGAAAAAUCCAAAAGCCCAUUCGUGGGGUUUCUGAACGAGGCGGAACGACGAGGGACGGGAGGGGAUGGGAGCGAAGAGUCUAGAUCUGAUCGGGGGAAGCAAGUCGGGAAGCGAUGGCGGAACGGUACAUGGCGUCGUGCCAGCUCUCCGUCGCCCUCAUCUCCCGCCUCAGCACCCUCGCCUUCUCCGCCGUCAGCCUCGAUCUGCCCGCUGCCGCGGCCGCGGACUCUCCCUCUGCCGUCGUAUCCGGCUCCUCCGAGACGGGGACCUCCCGCGGCGCCGUGCGAGACGGCGGCGCCCACCAGCGCCGCUUCGCGUCACCGGGCGGCGAGGGCACCGCCGCGACCCUCGCGGUGGCGGCGAUCGUCCGGGGGAGCUGGAUCUUCGCCGGCAGGAACGUCGGCGGAGACGGAAAGGUGGUGGCCAUGGGAUGAGGGAUCCGGAAGGAGAAGAGGGAUCGCCGAAAAGACGGGGAAGGCGCUUGGGUUCUUUAAAUUUAGGGCGACGACAACGUUUAAUUUUGGGACAUACCCACCGGCCUCGUUUCGAUCGGUCAUUCGAUGCAUCGUCCUCGGGCCCACUAAAUCGAGC